CAUUUUCCCUGAAAAACCCGGUGCCCUCCCAGAUUGUAUUAGCUUUCAUUUCUUUCCCCCUUAAAUAACCUUCUGUACUUUCUUUCUCAUAUCCUUCAACAAACUCUUUCCCCCAUUUUUCUCUCCCAAUUUUAUGCUUCCGAUUCCCUUCUGCCAUUGCUGUUCUUGAUCAAAAUGCGGAUGAGUUGUAAUGGAUGCCGAGUUCUUCGCAAAGGUUGCAGUGAAAAUUGCAGUAUUCGACCUUGUUUGCACUGGAUCAAGAGUCCUGAUUCUCAAGCCAACGCUACUGUUUUCCUCGCCAAGUUCUAUGGCCGUGCUGGACUCAUGAACCUUAUCAACGCUGGUCCUGAUCAUCUCCGUCCUGCAAUUUUUAGAUCUCUUCUCUAUGAGGCUUGUGGACGUAUUGUGAAUCCGAUUUACGGAUCGGUUGGAUUGUUGUGGUCUGGUAGUUGGCAACUCUGUCAGGCGGCUGUUGAGGCCGUUCUUAAAGGUGCUCCGAUCACGCCGAUUAACUCUGAGGCGGCGGCUACUGGCGAUGGACCGCCGUUGAAAGCCUACGAUAUUCGUCACGUUUCCAAGGAUGAAAACUCCGCUGCAUCUAACGACGGCGGAGUCAACCGGCGAGUCAAGACUCGGUGCCGGUUCAAGCGGUCUGCGGUGAAGACGAAAGCGUGUAAAGGAAUCUCAUCCACCGUGGAUGAGUCGACUCGACGACUGUGUUCUAUCGAGUUAAACCGAUCGUCAAGCGGCGAGUCGUCGUUGAGUCACCAAUCCGACUCGCCACAUGUUGAAAACGAGAGCAAAGAAACCGAUAGCAUGAUUUCAGUAUCGACGGCGAAGUUCUCUCCUCCUCCAGUACUGCCAGUUUUAUUCCGAUCAGAAUCCACUUCCGUACCAAAACGUCCAGGUCACGGCGGCGGCACUGUGCCAAUUCCGCAAAGCGAAUUAGCUCUAGAACUAACUCUGGGGAUGAAGCCGGUGUCACGUGCCGAGCACGUGAUUCCAAUGAAGAAGCGGAAGAUAGAGGCCGACGUUGGGUUGAGGCCCAAUAACAACGAGGCGUGCAAUACUGUAUUGGGCCUUGAUUUUGCAGCCUAAAAGAGUGGCCCAAUAGUGAGCCCACACUCACAACGACGGCAACAACAAUAGGAACAGAAAAAUAAUAAGCAAGAAUAAAUGAGUGUACAAUUUUGACGGCGGGGAUUUGCCAUCUACGGCGACAUAGAAGAGAUCUCGACCAUUACUUGCGCUUUCUUGUAAUUUACUGUUUUAACCCUUUCCCCUUUUGUAUAUAAAAAAUGGUCUCAAUCUGUAUAGAAAAGGACUGUCCUGUAAAAAUGCAAUAGGAGGCGAAAUGGUUCUUAGAUUCUCAUUUAUU